AAAUGUAGGAAAAAGGAAAAUCCAACUCUAAAAAUUCUCUCUCUCGCACACAAAGGUACAAAUUGGUGGUAAAUAUACUAGGUAAACUGGGUCGAGAUAAUAGAAAAAGAUGAGCAAAGAACACCCGCCUGAGCCACUCGAUUUCUUCAUUUGGACCGUUGAGGAUGUUGGGAUGUGGUUGGAAGAGAUAAAUCUUGGUACUUAUCGCCAAAUUUUCAAAGAAAAUGGUGUUAAUGGGGAAUACUUGGAAGGCAUGUCUAUGUUUACAACUGAACAGAUUCUUCGGUUUAUAAGGCGAUGCCAUAUGAAGUGGGGAGACUUCAUCAUGCUAUGCAAGGAACUCAGACGAAUAAAAGUGGCUUGUCUAAAAGGAGAGCAAAAAGUUCGUAGGCCGUGGUGGGUGCCUUCGUGCCUUUCAUUAGUCUUUCUCAAGGUUGCAAAGCGCAACAGACAGUCUCGUGUUGUUUCCCUGAAGCUGGAACCCUGAUGCAAAAUUUGCUUUUAUGUACGUAUAUUUAGUUUUUCUUAUUGUUUAGAGCAAAAAGCAGGGGGAAAAUACUGAACAUUUCAAGUCUAAGUGUGAUCAAGGUGUUGCUGAUAGUUAUUCCUUCAAGAACUCUUUUAAGAAUACAAGUUUUUUCAUAAUAUAUUUGUUUUAUGUUGAUUUUA